UUAGGUUGGGUGAAAUGGAAUGCCACAGUUUUGCAACAUAAUUUGAAUAGAGAGACACCCUUACAGAGGUUUUAGCUUUUGUGGUAUAUUUUGUUGGAAUGUAUGCCCAAGCAGACCUGGAUGCUUUUCUCAUGGAAGCUGAACUGAUGAAGGAUUUUAACCACCCAAAUGUUCUCGGCCUUUUGGGUGCAGUAUGGACUGGAGACAAUGCAGCUGAAUGGGAUCACUUGAAAAUUUCUAUUCCCAUGUGUCUUAGUCUAGGGCUUGCUGGAGUUUCCUUCUGUGGAGGAAGAGCUUUAUUGGUGCACCCAGUCACAGAACAAGGGGCUAGAGGGGUUCAAGUAUAUUUACCUGGUAAUGGAGAGGUAUGGUAUGAUGACCACACCCACCAGAAGUACAGUGCCCCACAAACUCUCUAUGUAUCUGUUACCAUGAAUACUAUUCCUGUGUUCCAGAGAGGAGGUACUAUAAUUCCUCGUAAAGAUCGUAGCAGAAGAUCGUCAUCUUGUAUGCAAAGUGAUCCUUACACACUUUAUGUGGCUCUUAAUACUCAGGUAAUUUAUCUUGUAAAAGUGGUUAUUGAUCAAAUGUUGUUUUCCUACUGA